GCGGCGGCGGCGGAGGGACCGAGUCCGAGCUGGGGAGCCCUGGCGCCCCGCGCGGGGAGCGCCCAGGAUGCCCCGCGGGGACUCGGAGCAGGUGCGCUACUGCGCUCGCUUCUCCUACCUCUGGCUCAAGUUCUCGCUCAUCAUCUACUCCACGGUGUUCUGGCUCAUCGGGGGCCUGGUCCUGUCCGUGGGGAUCUACGCAGAGGUCGAGCGGCAGAAAUACAAGACCCUGGAAAGUGCCUUCCUGGCCCCCGCCAUCCUCCUCCUCCUGCUGGGGGUCGUCAUGUUCAUCGUCUCCUUCAUCGGUGUGCUGGCCUCCCUGCGGGACAACCUGUGCCUCCUCCAGGCGUUCAUGUACAUCCUCGGGAUCUGCCUCAUCAUGGAGCUCAUUGGCGGCGUGAUGGCCUUGAUCUUCCGGAACCAGACCAUUGAGUUUCUCAAUGACAACAUCAGAAGAGGAAUUGAGAAUUACUAUGAUGACCUGGACUUCAAAAACAUCAUGGACUUUGUUCAGAAGCAGUUCAAGUGCUGUGGCGGCGAGGACUACCGAGAUUGGAGCCAGAACCAGUACCACGACUGCAAUGCCCCCGGGCCCCUGGCCUGCGGGGUGCCCUACACCUGCUGCUUCAGAAACACGACAGAUGUCGUCAACACCAUGUGUGGCUACAAAACCAUCGACAAGGAGCGCCUCAGCGUGCAGGACAUCAUCUAUGUGCGGGGCUGCACCAACGCCGUGCUCAUCUGGUUCAUGGACAACUACACCAUCAUGGCGGGCCUCCUGCUGGGCAUCCUGCUCCCCCAGUUCCUGGGGGUGCUGCUGACGCUGCUCUACAUCACCCGCGUGGAGGACAUCAUCACGGAGCACUCUGUCACCGACGGGCUCCUGGGGCCGGGCGCCAAGCCCCGCGUGGAGGCGGCGGCCACCGGAUGCUGCUUGUGCUACCCCAGUUAGGGCUCACGUCCGGGACAGUGGCUCCAGCAGUUCACGCGGCCCAGCGCCUCUGAGUCCACGCCGCGGGCCGGACAGCACCACGGCCCCUCUGCCUGUCCAAAACCCAGGCUGUGUGCGCCGUGCCGGUAGGGGCUCCCAUGGCUACGCCCUCCCCGGGGGCGGGGCCUGAGGCCCUCCCAGAAGAGGAUUCGCACUCUAGGCUGAGGGUUGAGCUCCUGGACUCCGAGUCUGAGGCCCCUGCUGGGCCACAAGGCGGGGAGGGGUCUCUUCUCCAGGGCUGAGCUCAGGGUCCAUUGCAUUCCUGGCGGUGCCUUGGCUGCACUGUUGAUGCCCCAAUCGGGGGUCUUUCUGUAGCGAUCCGUAACCGAGGGGAGAGAAGUGCGUGCCUGAGGGGCAGGGCUGCAGCUUCACUAACCCUAUUUUUCUAUGUGAUUUUUGUAACAUUCAUAUUUUGUACACAGUUAACGGGAGUUUCUGACUAACCAAAGCUGAGUGCCUGCCCCUCCCAGCCAGUCCAUUAAUCAAACAAUGAAGACAUGCAUUUUGUUGUUGGCCUUUCAUUUGCGCUGUUUUGGUGGGGAGGGGGUAACUUCAAACCCUUGUUGGUGCAAGGAUUGAGGAGACACCAUGCUGGGGUGAGCACAGUUUGGGACACGGAGGCCAGGAGCAGCUCAGGGCUGGAGGCAGAUAUGACACACCCAUUGCCCAGACUGGCAGACCAAGACCCAUGGCAUCUGGCACGAGGCUGCACCACUGGGGAGUGGGGCAGGUGGGGACGAGGAGAGCUGAGGGGCCCACACAGGCCCCCACCCCCCCCACCCCCAACCCUGCUGCUGGCACAACAGGAGCAGCUCCUCCCAACUCCCAUCCUAUGCAGCUGAUUCUGCCAGGGGCAAAGCUUGGUGCUGGGCGCCCCCUGCUGGAGAUGGCGGCAUGUGUGCGGAUCAGUUCUCCGGUUCUGGAUUUUCUGUGAGGUUCUUAGCAUCCAGGGCAACAGAAACAAAACCUGAAGAACCGCCCUCAGGAUUGGAAGUGCCCCCAGAACCCUCCCAUUAAGAGUCGGAUGCUCAGAGGCCGGCGCUGGGGCAUAGAGGGUAAAGUGGCCGCUUGCAGUGCUGGCAUCCCACAUGAGCGCUGGUUCAAGUCCCAGCUGCUCCACUUCUAAUUCAGCUCUGCUAUGGCCUGGGAAAUCAGUAGAAGAUGGCCCAAGUCCUUGGGCCCAUGCACUCAUGUGGGAGACCCAGAAGAAGCUCCUGGCUCCUGGCCUCGGACUGGCACAGCUCCAGCCGAUGCGGCCAUCUGAAGAGUGAACAGCAGGUAGAAGACAUCUCCCUUC